GCUCAGAGCGGAGCAGACUCAUAUGAACAGCUCCGUGUCUCUCACGUCCAGAAAUGUGCGCAGGGUGUAGAAGGAGUCGCAUCUCUCCCUGUGUGUCUCCUCCUCAGACAACAUCACUCUCGUGUCUUUAAUGCAGCACCGGAAGCGAAGGAUACACGCGCACUAAACAAAUCCAACACCACUUUCUGUUCAAGCAGCCGUUGAAUGCAGAUUUUUGGAUAGCCCUCUGUCUCUGACGAGGCCGACCUGACUAAUCAUCCAAGGUGUCAAGCUGGUACCUGUCCGAUGUCCUCUCCCCCCUCAGUGUGAUGCGUCAUGGCUCCGGUGCUGAGUGGAGUGUGGUGGGGUCCGGAGGCAGGCAUCGUCGGGUCGGGUGCGGCAGCUGCUACAGGGGUGGCGUCGUGGCUGGGCAGCGGGCAGCUGGUCCUGGUCGUCACCCUCAGCAUCCUCGCCGCCCUGCUGCUGGUCUCUGUGCUGCUGCUGCUGUGUGCUAGCUGCCAGGGGCAGAAGAAGGCAGUUAAUGGACAUCCAGCAGGAGACCAUGAGAACCUCAUGAAUGGAGUGUCAGAGAGAGAGACGAUCAGCCAAUCGGCAGACAGUCCAGCGACUGACGCAGCCGUCAGCAGCUCUCACAAUGGUCCUCUAACCAGCGGUACAAUCCUCACAGACACAGGGGACACCAGUCCCCAGCCGUCAGAGGAUAUGCUCUCCAGCCAAUCAGAGCUCAGGUCCUCCAAGUGUCCUCAGGACCGCGAGCUUCCCAGCAUUCCUCCCAACAACGCCCUCAUUGGGGAUGGACCCCCAGCCUCAGGGGACAGCACCUAUGAGGUGGUGAAGGAGAUUGCAGUGGCAUCACGUGACGUCAGCGCCGAGGACUCCCUGUACGAGACAGUCAAGGAACUGAAAGACCCCCCCGCAAAGCUCAGUGUCCCCAACAGUACCGUCCAGCUGAGCCCCGAUGAGCCUCCCCAUCAUCCCCCUGCCCUUCUCAACGGCCACCUCAGCCCCUGCACACCAGAGCGGGGGCCCCUGUGCGCGGGGGUGGAGUACGCCUCUGUCGACCUGAAUAAGAAGAGCCGUCACAGCGCCGACAUGGAGGCCAAAAGGCGCUCUGAUAAUGCCAGCGCUCCCUCGCACAAGGAGGAACCAGAGGAGGACUUGCCUCCACCGGUACCAGAGAAGGUUCUGGAUGAGAACGACAACCAGCCAGUGGUGAUGAAUGGCCUGGCUGGAGCUGUGAUGCACAAUGGAGAGUUACACUCCCCUCUGUCUCCGGCACCAGGGUUCGACAACCACAUUCUGUCAGACAAUGAGUCAGCGGUGUAUUCUACAGUCAACAAAACAAACUGUGACGAUGCUGUGAACGAGGAAGACAAAGAGCACGACUACAGCAGCAUUGCAGAGAUCAAAGGUCUUGUCACAACCUCUUCCUCCAGUGACCUCUACGCCACCGUCCGAGACAUCUACGCCCAGCCUGACGAGCCCCAGCUGGGGGAAGACCCCACUUUGGACAGCACAGAUCCCGGCUAUGAAACCAUACGCAUCCCAAAGACUAGUAGCUCAGAUGAUGACCACAGGGCUGGGCUGGGAGCGGAGGGGUCAGACGCCGCCAAGGCGGAGCCCGACUACGAGAGUGUUGCGGAGUUGGGUCUGGGCCGGGAAACGUCCCGCCUCUGAGAUUUUCCCCUAAUCGUCUUCAUCUGUGGCGGUGCGGAGGAAGCUUCCUCUCUUGCAUCUUACAGACGUCACUGUAAUGCUCUGAGCCUGCUACCAAGCAUGCUUUUGGUGCAUGACUUGGAGAAAAUGGCAGAAAAUGGCUCACCACAGCAUCCGUCAUCAAUGCAUGAGUGUCCUCUUUACAGCUUGGGUACGGAUUUUCAUAUCUGAAGUUUAAUUUAUCAACCACAAUGAAUGUCAUUGGUACUGGUAGGCCUAGCAGAAAAUCAACUGUAGUACCUCAUUGGGCAUUAUAGCAUAACUUAGGUAUUUUUCACCCUGAGCCCUAUUUUCUCAUAUUUUUGUGUCUAAGUGACUAAUGGGAACAACAUUUGUUUUAAUUGAUCCAGUAUUGAGUGAGAGGGCUGAAGGUAGCAGCUGCGAAACAGGCUGCAGUGUAACGACUUGCAGCACACUGUAUGUACUGUCAAUUUACAUCCACAAAAAGUGCUUGUUUUUGCCACUGACAGGCUCAGAUUGUUACUGUAAGUGUCUGACAUUAUUGAAAGGAUCCCUACAGAGAUAGACCUUUUUGUUAAAGACUUGGAUUUGGUUUGUUUAACCAGAAACAGCCCCUAAAAUUGCCGUCACCAAAUCCUCCUUUUACAGUUUUACAACCAGUAUAGUUUCACUCUAAUUGUGUGAAUUAAGGGUUUAUUUCAACCAAACAAGAGUUGGUGGACAUUGGAACAGUGGAAGGACAAAACAAGAUGAUUUUUGUGAAUUUUAUUUUGUUUCUGUUUACUUUAGCCCUGUUUCCACCAAACAUUUUCGGUAUGGUACCUUUG